AAGAAAAAACGCAUCAAUAGUCCUGGUCUGUCUUAAAAGGUCUGCUUCCACACCCUGCUCUGCCUUGUUUCUGGGAUGGGAAACAGGGAGGACAUCGUGCCAACAAUCCUCGGCAUGUUCCGGGCUGAAAUGGGGCGCCCGCUGUGACACAGUGUAAAGGGAAUGGCUGGAGGUCUCCUCUCUUUAAUACCACUCCACAUUUUUUUACGUAUUCUACACUGUUUUUUUAAAAAAUGUAUUAAUUUUUUUUUUGGCUGAUCCAGGACCUUAGCGCUAACCCGUCAAGUUUGAACAGGUAACCGUAAACCACCUGUGAGCUGCGCACCACGCCCUCCGAUGCGCCGCGUUUCUGUUGCGCACGACGAAUGUGGAGCAGGAAGUAGCUGUCAACUCCAAAUGCAGCGCUGGAUUUGGGAGAAAUAAUUUCUUCUUUUUUUUUAUCCGUAUCCCCCUCAAGUAACCAUCGAUUUGAACGGAAUUCGAAGCGUCCUUGACUGAAAAUGCGGCUUCUGGAGGCGCACGAGUUCCUCGGACUUUGGCUUUUGACAGUUCUGGUCUCAGCAGAAUCCCUGCAGACGGUGGUAAAAUCGGACAAAGGUGUGACGGUGACAGUGUCCACAGAGUUGCCUUCAGAUCAGUGUGCUGUGUGUACGGUCAGCGGGGUGAAUGACACGGACACUUCCUGUCAGUCCUCCUUCACAUUGGUACCUGAAGAGGAAGUCAAGCUGCUGUUCAGAUGCUCUGAGCCUGUAGAUAAAUCCUACACUGUGACUUUCACCCAGGCCAUCGAAUGUACCAAAGACUCCUGCACCCCCUCCACUGUUGACACUCAGUCCAUCUUCACCGAGUUUCCCAGAACCUUCCUCUGGGAGCUGAAGGCACCAGAGAAGACGGUGGUGAGUCUGGACAUCCUGGGUGAGGGACUGCUGGAGACGUCGGUGCCCUGCACUAAUGGGUUUCAGUAUUUAGUGACCCCCUUGAAAACCAGCAGCAGAGGUCAGACCCGGUACUGUCGGGGAGGUCCUGUGACACGUUUAGACCUGUCCGAUCAGGCUACCGUGUCUCUGCAAGUCAAAGCGGCAGUUAAGGUGGAAUCUAUACUGUUUCAAGCCUCUGCUGGACCAUUAAAGGGCAGAACGAUGGAGGUGAGCGUUGAUCCCAGCACUGUGUUGAUCCUGGACCGGGAUCCUGACGGUCUGGAGUGUGAGGUCUGCACAACUGUUGGCUCAACAACAGACUGUAGUCCGUCUCACAAGAUGUUGACCAACGCUGACAAACACUCCCUGGAGUUCAGCUGCCCAAAACCUCAGGACAUGUACAUUGUGAAGAUCAAGAAGGGAAUGGAAUGCACCAAGACGUCCUGCACUCCAGCAGCAGCAGAAGCUGAUCCUGAACUCUUUAAGGACUUUCGCCGGUCCCUGUGGUGGGACAUUAGUGUCCCGGAAAGGACUGUGUUGACCCUAGACUUUCCUGCUGUUGGACUCGAGGAGAUUCCAGCAAUAGAAAAGUGCAAAGAUGGAAACCAGUUGUCUGUGAGUACGACCAGGAGUGACGGCAGUGUUAAAGUGUACAGUUACUGCAGUGGUGGUAAAGUGUCCAGUCUGAAUCUGCUCGGCCCCACAUCAAUUGUCAUGGAAGUGCCCAAAGAUGGAGAACUGGAUCAGACGAUGUUCAACGCUAAAGCAGCACCAAGAGGCAGUCGAUCGAUGUCUGUGACCCCUGACCCCAACACCAUCAUCAUCGUCAGCAGGACAACCAAUGAACCUGACUGCAGUGUGUGCAUAAAAAAGGACCCUAAACCUGUGUGUAACCCCAGAUUUUUAAGAAUCAAUGAACCUCGAAACACCUCAGUGGAGUUCACCUGCCCUCAACCUCAGGACAUUUUCAUCGUGGAGAUCAACAGAGAGAUUGACUGCACAGAAACCUCCUGUUCUGGAGACAUAGUCCAGGCCGAGUCCUCACUUUUCCCAGAUUUCAACCGUACCUUCACCUGGGACCUGAAAGUCGUCUCAACCCGAGCCUUUCAGCUGGACUUCCCAGAACCAGGGAUGAGACAGAUUUCCAAUGAGGAGACUUGUCCAGAUGAGCACACGUAUUCCCUUGUGACCUAUUUACGCACAGGGCGUGCAAUCGUUGGUACCUUUUGUAAAGGUGGAACCGUGACCACGAUACUCGCAAAAUACAAGGGUCGGGUUUCUCUGCAGGUUCCUGGGAACACAAAAAUGGACCCCGUUGACUUCAAACUACAUGUUGGCCCUGAAACCAGCAUGGUUGCCAUAGUGAAAGUCAACUUACCCCGAGGUGUUUCAGACACCGACUUCAUCACAACCAACUAUCCAGGUGACUUCCCUGAUAACCAGCAGAUGCAGUGGGACAUCACGGUUCCUGGGAUGCACAACUACACCGUGCGUUUUCAGGAUCAUACGGUGCCAGAGUGUCUCAGUGGUGCAGUAGAGGUCGAAUACCAGAAAACAGACAAGAAAGUGAACAGACUGACCCUGACUGACCCCCAGCCCACACAUCAGCAGGGAAACUUCCAGAUGUUGUUGAAGAACUGUGAGACCAACAGGACGCUGCAGGGACUGACCUUGAACUACAGGGUGUCUGUGAUGAGGAGUGGACAUCCAGUUCUGUGUACGGUGGAUCUCACCAAACAGAAAGUCUCCGUGCAGCUAGAGAAAGUGGGCUCCGACCCUUACUGUGAGAUGAGCAUCAACUCUGAGGUUCAGGAGAAGAUAAACGUGGCUGCAGGCACCACAGCCACCCUGUCCUUCCUGGACUGUCCUAAAGAAGAGCUGCGGCUGACUGCCAGCGAAGUUAUUGGGUGCCAGAAUGCAUCGUUGUGCUCCUCCAGCUCCCUCGUCGUUCCCAAAAUGGUCUCCUGUCUGCCGAUGCCUCUCCACAGCUUCACCUGGCACCUGGACAUACCUUCACACAGUACCCUGGACCUGGCGUCUUCCACAGGAAGUCUGCAGCAGUCCCUACCUGGACAGGAGUGUGACCCGUCAACGUCGCUGCACGUUUUUGAAAAGGACGGAUUUGCGCUAGGAGACUUCUGCCAUAACGGAAACAUCCAGAAAAUUCAGGCGCACGCCAACAUCUCAGUCACAGCUAAAGCCAACGACCUCAGCAGAAACAGCGGAGCUUUUCUAAACAUCAGCCUCAGUCAGGAGAUCCCUGAAACUUUUAUUUACAGAGUAGCCCCUAACCCUUCUGCCCCACUGCUGCUGGCCACUCCUAACUGGCCCCUGGGCAUGAGGCCCUUCUCUACCGUGUCAUGGAUCGUCUCGCUGCCCAGCCAGUACCAGGCACAGAUGCAGAUCACCAACAUCACCCAGCCCAAGUGCCAGGAUCGACACACAGCCAUCAAGGUGAGGAUGUUAGGCUACGAGGAGGAGAUGAUGAGCCGCAGGGAGGACGAGGCGUCACAGGACAAGCUGUUGGUGCCGUACAGCUUCUACCUCAACAUGUCAAAUUGUAUUCCAGAGGAGGAGCACUUUGCUGUAGUUACUAAAAUUGUCCUGCAGAAAAAAAACGAUCUCUUGGCCAUUCUCCUUGGGCUAGCAGGUGUGCUUGUUCUUUUGUUGAUUGCCCUGGCUGUGGUAUGCAUCAUCACAAAGAAAAAGAAAAAAGAAAGAAAGGACAAAGAGUCUUCCAUCUACAUUGGCAAAGGGAACAUCUUCCGUCCAGGUGACCAACACUUCACAAAGAGCCGAUCUGACAACGAUUCCCAUGUCUACGCCUCCAUAGAUGAGACCAUGGUGUAUACGCACCUGCUCACUGACUCCAGCUACGCUGACAGCCUCCAGGACCGCUACAAUGGCAUGCAGGUCGACUCCUACCAGACAUUCACGGGCCCCAGCGAUGGACAGUUACCGGUGAUCAAAGAACCAGAUGAGGAUCCUGAAAUGGACCAGUACAAUACGUUCCUGGACCCUUCAGAGACUUUUAUUCCUUCCCGUCCACGCACUCCCAUCGACAGGCAGGACAGCCUGGGCUUCCAGGACCGCAGGAUGGUGGAUAACGAACUGUACACGUUCAAAAGCACGGGAGACAUGAACACCAUCCGGCUGUCUGGUGUGGACAUGGAGCCACAGCCACCCAUUACAGAGGAGACCUUGUAGAGCGUUAGGACGGUGGACAGACCGGGGACGGCUGUUACUCUACUCAGGUUUGAGGACCGAAUAUUUUUGGUCUGUGCUGAUGUGAAUGUCUUCUGUGCCACGGUGGUAAGUGGUACGCACUCCGAGUUUGAUUAGGUUUUAUCUGGCCCAGAGGAAGCGCCAAUUUCCUUUUCGAGUGCGACAUUUUGGAUUUCUCUUUUUUUACCCUUUUUUAUUUUUCUUUUGACAGCGAUCAGGACAAAGAGAUUGACUCCAUCAUCAUUCAUGUUCAUUCAAUCUAGCUGGAAUUCUGACUAUAAGACUCUUGCUGCUCCUGUGAAAUGGCUCAUGACUUUGGAUUAUCUGCAUAUGAUUUGAAGGCUGGAUGCCCUCCCUGAUGCAACCCUACUCAGUAUUUCUAGCUCCAGACCAGCAUUGGGAGGACGUGGAUGUCAUAGAGUAGAAAUAUAAAGAAAAUCCCUUGCAGAAUCCACCUGGCAGCCUAGUCUAGCGUAAAAGCUAAAAAUUUAGAAUAAUUUCAUUUUUCUUUUCAGUUUUGCUCUUCCAACAUUACAACAUGAUUGUGUGUCUCACCAGGAAGGCAAAACAUAUUGCUCUGUGUUAUGUCAAACCAUGUGAUGUGAGUUUAGGAGCAGCGUUGUAAAAAAUGACCUGUUCAAAUACCUCUGGUAUUUGUUUUUAUACUUAGUAUAAAUAGUAUUUUUUAAUGUUUUGUUGUUAGCCUGCAUAACGUUUUUAUUUUCAAUAAAUUCCAGGGAAGAGGCUCAGUA